AUGCCGACAAAAACAUCAACGAAUAGAUAUAUACCAUACAAAAGUGACAGUUACGCUGGACGAACAUACAUAUAUGUGGAAAAUGAUAAUGAUAGUGAUAACUAUGUGGUAACAACUGAUACAUCUGAUAUAACUUCGUCGUCCGAAAGUGAGUAUGAAGAGAUAGAUUUAUAUGUGCCACGUAGUCCUAAAUAUAAAACAUUAAUUGAAGUAGUACUAAAACCAACUAAAAGUGGUGACACACUAAAUAGUGAUACCAUAUAUAGUGACAAACCUAGUCAUAUACCUAGUCAUAUACCCAUAGAGGAUGAAUGGAAUGAAGUGAAACAUGAUUUUAUAUCAAACAUGUUACAAAAAGAUAUACCUGGAAACACUACAUAUACUAAUACUUCAUAUAGUGGUAUGCCUCUAGAACAACCUUUUAUUACACAAAUACAAGAUAGAAAAUUAUAUAGUCAUGAUAACGAAAUUAUAUAUAAUAUUAAUUGGAAUGUACCAAAUAAUAUCACCACUAAUACUGCGACAUAUAAUAGUUUAUAUAGUGGUAUAGAUCUAAUUAAUGAUUCUUUAAAUAGUGGUAAUGAUAUUGAUAUAUAUGAUGAGUUGUUAAAACGAAAAGAAAAUGAAUUAUUUGGAACAAAAUAUACGAAAAAUACAUCAACAAAUAGUUUUGCAAAACCAAUAAGUGGUGAUCCGAUCCUCAACCAAUUGGAUUUAUAUGAUAAAUGGUUAGAGAAACAUAGAAAUAACCAGUGGAAAAACAAACCGGAUAAUAAUAUACCUGUGGAAAACGUCCGCACUACACAUACAUUGUUGAAUACCAACCUUUCUAUAGAAAUAAGUAGUGAUAUCACCCAUGAUACAUCUAAUAUGGAUAUGAGUGGUACUAAUAGAUAUACUUAUUUGGAUGAUAUGGAUUCGUUCGAAAAUAGUAGUGAUGAAAAUUUAUGA